UGAUGAUAAAAAAAGAGAAGCAAAACAUUUUUGUGGGGAGUCAUCAACUGCUUUUAUUACUUCAGGCUAUACAAUGCGUACUACUUCAAAUAGCCCUGUUUAUAUAGGAAUAUGUGCUUUCUGUAUUGUAUUACUUGUUAUAUACGCAUCUUAUAAGUGUCCUGGUAAUCCUGAAAUUCACGUAUCGCUUCACCAAAGUUACAACAGCAGUCUUCACGCAACAUCGAGCGAAUUGAGAUAUCGUAACCCAUUUUGUGAAAACAUCUUGUAUAAUUUGAGCAAUGGUCAGUGGGUGAAAAAGAUUAAUAGUUUUAAUAAAAAUGAAAACGAAUAUGUGAAAUUACUGAAAGAAGAAGAGGAAUUGGAUUCUUCAUUGACUGAAUUUCGUAUAAAUCGUGGAAUACAUACACGACUGUGGAGAGAUGAUAACAAAUGUGGAUUUAACAACGUGCAGACGAAGCCAGAAGGAAAUGCUUGGGCGGCUCCUGCAGGAAGUUGGUGUGAUGCGAAAAGUGAGAGACCUUGUUGCAGUGACAUGAAUGAUGGUAGUUGUGGAAGCAUAUGUGAUUGUCCCAAUUGCGUUGAUACCAGGAAGAUAUAUCACGCUGAAAUAAGUGAAUGGAUUCCAUUUGAUUCUUCAUGUCGACGACGAAACUACACAGCAACUCAAGCUUGUGAAGUUGUCAAUCGGUUCUCUCAAAUAUUUUUUGUUGGUGAUUCUUUUGUGAGAAAAAUGGCGAGAGGUUUUGUUUUGACUUUAAGGUCCGAUCCAACGUAUGGAUUUUUACUGGCACGGUAUGAUAAAAAAUUCACCAAACUAUGUGUUGGCGCUGACCAGUUAUAUUGGACAGAAUGUAGAAUUGACGGGGGAGAAAUACUCAAAAAUCUCGUAGAUAAAACUCCUUUUUGUGGAAGCCAGACACCACUGGUUACUCUCAAUAAUUGGUACAAUUAUGCAUAUGCAAACGGGUUUUUGAAUUUAGUUAAAAGUUUAACAGGAAAAGUUGGUUCAGUUUUGCUGGUUGGUCAGGGUGGACACGAUGGAUGCAAAUCUGAAGUGACUAUUAAAAAAUUUUUGAGUCCCGUGAUUCAACAUUUGGAUGAUUUCUAUAAAGAUUUUGACAACACGACGGUUGAACCCUCGAAUAUAUUUAAAAAGAUUCAUCGAUGGCCACAUAUCAUUUUUAUGUAUCCUGACUCUAAUGGAAUAUUAAAACCAAAAUCAUAUCAUGCAGCAAACGGCGAUAUUGUUUGUAAACAAUUUUCUAGAGAAAUGAAAGUAUAUUGCGAUGCUCAUAGCAUCCCUGUACUUGAUUUCUCCAGCCUUACAUCAGGAGUUCAUAGUUACGAUGGAGCACAUCACGGUCUAGGAGUUAAUAUAAUGAAAGUCCAAAUUUUACUCAAUUACCUCGAUUAUAUAUCUUAGUCUGGAUAUUCAAUCUGAACAAAAUUUGUCCAUGUUUACUUAUUCGAAUAUAUAUAUUCAUGUAUAAGCUACUCAAUAUCUAACCUAGAAAAAAUCCC